AUGAUGUGUUUAGCAAUGCUUUUAAUCCAGUAAACCUGCAUUAAGUUACUGCUAAUAAACAUUAUAUUGUAUAUGGAAAAAAUGUUUAUGAAAAUGUCAAGUUCAUAUGUCUUCAUCAUGAUAUUACUGUCUCUCUUAGAGUGCAGAAGGUUGGAAAAGUCAAUGGAAGCACAGAAUACAAGGAGUGGUCCAAGAAAAAAAGACAUGAAAGUGUUGUAAAUAUGUUCGUGUUUUGCAACACUUUUGAGGACAACCUCCACAAAGUACCACAAGUAUUACGUACAGCAUAUAUAUGUCUGGUUCAUAAUGAAAGAGUCAUAGAAAAAAAAAAAAAAAUAAGCCAAAGUUGGACUAAUCUUUCUCAUUGUGGGCAAAAGGACUAUACGAAUAUUGGUGUAGUAAGCAGGAGUUUUUCUUAUGCCAUCAGCAGUAUGUAAUAAGUAACUGAAUGCAAAGGGUGAUCUCCCAUUUGCUUUUCAUCAUUGUUUUUGCAUUAGUUUCAUAUUGUAUUUUACUUGAUGCUAUUUUAUUUAUUUAUUUAUUUAUUCAUUUAUUUAUAUUUGUUGCAGGUUAGUGACAAAGACCUGUAUAAUGUCCUAUCUAGUUAUGUUCCGGUGAUAAAUGCAUUUACAGUCAAGGACAAAAUUACCAAAAGAAAUAAAGGCUUUGGCUUUGCAACAGUUAGAACAAAAGAAGAUGCAGAUACACUUCUGAAUUUGAAGGGCAGUGAACUUUAUCUAUAUGGCUUUGAGAUGAAGAUCAGACCAGCUUGGAAGAAGAUUAGGAUGCCAGGUGAUGAGAAAUAUGUGCGACACACCCUCUCUGAUCGGGACUUCGACUUGAGUCCCCCAAACCCAGAUGCCCCAUCAAUACAUAUAUUAGUAGAUGAUGUAUUAAUUCAUAUUCUGGAGUAUCUACAACUGACAGAAAUUAUUUCAUGUGAGAGAGUGUGUCGACGUUGGCAGAUGUUGAUUUAUGGAAUGUUUGCAAAAUCAUCUUUGGAGUUGUCACCAACAAAACUAAAUUUGUUUGGCCCUCUUACACACUCUGUUGUAUCUAAGCUCUUGAUUCUGUCAGGAUCCCAGUUAAAAGAGCUUAGGGUGAAAAAUGUUGACUACGCAACAAGAAGUAAUAUUCUAAAAGUAGUAGGCCAACUGUGCCCUGAAUUGGAGUGUUUAGAUGUUUCGAUGGUCAGAGGCAUCAAUUUCCGUAGGAUGAAGGAGCUGACUUCAAAAUGUACAAAACUCAAGUCUUUAGUAGUGGCAAAAUGCCCUGACUUUGAUGAAAAAGCACUAUGUACUGUAUUGGAAAGUUACCCAGACUUAGAGUGUCUAAAUGUAUCAUGUUGUCCCAUCUAUGGAAGAUGUUUUAAGAAACUUCCAGUAACUUUGAAGGAACUAAAGAUAUCGUACUGUCAGACUGUUGAAAGCCUUUCUCAGGAGGAGAUUGGUAUCCGAUGCCCAAACCUGGAGGUCCUCCAUAUGGAUCAUCUAUUGACCUCAAGACAUGUUUUAGAAAGCAUUGGAAGAAACUGUAGUAAUUUAAAAGAUCUCACAGUCACCUUGUGUGAAGAGAAUGCACUAUCUGAGCUACCAGAUUUUACAAAUCUUAAGUCCCUGAGAAUAGAAUGCACUGGUGUGGAUUUAACAAAGCUCAUGGAGUGUCUGCCUAGCUUAGAGAACCUUAACAUAAAUGCUCUUGAUUGUGUUGAUGAGCCAGAUUUCUCAAUAUUGAAAGAACUCAGAGCACUGGCCUUGCAUGGUCUGAACCUAUCAGAGUCGUCCUUAGGAAGUCUGGAAAAUUGUCCUCAUUUAGAAUCAGGUGUACCUAAUGAGCUGCAGGGGGGAUCUGACCCUGGACACGUUGUUACGCAUAAUUCGUAAAUGCCUAAACCUAAAAUCGGUACGAUGUCCCGACUUGAAUUUGAGCUUAUCGUUCAUCACCUCUCUGGACAAGAUCAUGGCAAGCCGGACGACCAAAAUUGAAAUUGGAAUGAGAGCAGACACACUGACUCCCAAGCAGCUAC